AUGAAUGCUCAGGGUGGCUCAACGGAAGAACGUGAAGCUUCUGACAUCUACGAAACGCCUUACGCUUCAGUUACUGUGAGUGAAGAACCUGGUACUGUGAACGGAGAUCCCAAGCAGACCAGACCGACGGAUACAAAGGCUCCCUGUCGGCCAGAAUCAGUGGGAGCGAACGGGAACAAGCCCGGUGGUUCCGAUCAAAGACACGAUUAUACACAAAUGCAACCCAUUGACUGGUUCCGACAAGAUCCUCAUUUUUUCCAAUUAUCCGGCCCUCCUGUUGCCACUCCAUCCGGGUUUGUGGGUCCCGGUGGAAGUGCUCAGUAUACUUCUCUCCUGCAUGCGUUUGAUCGAUUCGAUUUAGGUUAUCAUUAUUCUCAAAUGCCUCUCUACACAUCGGCACAAAAUCCUCACCCACAGAUGCGAAUACCCUGUUCCCGUGAUGAACCCACAGGAGCAACCAAUGUGAUGGAAUGGGUCGUCAAAAAGCGACCGGAUGGAAGUCGUUAUAUCACACGCCGUCCAAUCAGAAACCGAUUACUUAAAGAAAGAGCUCGUCGGGUGGCUGAAGAGCGCUCCGGGUUGACAACCGACGAUGACGCAACAAGUGAAUUAAAGGUCGGACGUUACUGGAAUCGCACGGAGCGAAGAAAACAGUUGGAAAAGGCUCGGGCUGAGAGGAAAAAACGACAGACUGCAGUGGUCGCACCCAAUAAUGCUCGUCCACACCAGCCUGGACAAACAUCAAAGGCCCCCGGCCCGGUCCACUCCGGCCAGGCAUCAGAUUUGAUCACAAUGACUACAGUAUGA